UUAACGCAACCUCACCUCGGACGUCAUAGAUCACGUUUACACCAAGAACGAAUCAAGUACCGAAGCGAAUUGGAAGCAAAGUGAAUUGUGUUGUUUUGAGAAGCUUCUGUAUUAAUCUAACUAGUUAUCAGACAUUGCAGACCAUCUACAGUAGGCUACAUAUAUAUAGUAAAUGGUCGUGUUUUCUUCAGGUUUGCUGAUGAAAUUAGGAAACAAACUGGUCUGAACACUGGUAAACAUGGCGUCAGUGCUGUCACAGCUGAUGGGUCCGUGGAUGGAUGUUCAGGGUCUCCUGAUAUUUCUGUGUGUGCUGCUGCUGGUGAAACACCUGCGUGAUGUUCUUACAAACAACAUGCCGCCAGGACCCUUCCCUCUGCCUUUGGUUGGAAAUGUACUGAAUAUAGGCUUUAGUGAUCCAAUGGAGGUUUUUCCGAAGAUUGCUGAGAGGUAUGGAGAUGUGAGCACACUGUAUCUGGGAAGCAAACCUUGCAUACUGCUUACUGGAUACGAGAGCUUCAAAGAGGCGUUUGUGGAGCAGGCGGACAUCUUCACAGACCGGCCGUACUUCCCUGUGAAUGACAAGAUCAGUAAAGGGCAAGGUCUGAUCUUCUCCAGUGGACACAUGUGGCGUCAUCAGAGGCGCUUUGCUCUGGCAACGCUGAAGUAUUUCGGUGUGGGCAAGAAAACUCUAGAAAACUCCAUCCUGCAGGAGUGUAGCUUUGUCUGUAGUUUUUUGCAAACCAAACAAGGUUUGCCAUUCAACCCUCAUCACCUCUUGACCUACGCAGUGGGCAAUAUAAUAUGCAGCCUGGUUUUUGGCUACAAGUUUGAGUAUGACAACCAUCAUUUUCAUGAGCUGCUGCAGUAUUCAGAUGAAACCUUUAAGCUGCCCAUCAAUGUCUGGGGCCGGUUGUAUAACACGUUUCCCGCUUUGAUGUCCCUGCUGCCAGGAAAGCACCAGACUGCAUUUGCCAACCUUUCCAAACUUAAGCUCUUUUUUAAGGAGGAAAUCAGAAAGCACAAAGAGGACAGAAACCCAACUAGUCCUAGAGACUACAUUGACUGUUAUCUGGAUGAAAUUGAGAAGUGUAAGGACAAUGAGGCGGAAUUCACAGAGGAAAACCUGAUACACUGUGUGUUGGAUCUGUUUGGAGCAGGAACGGAAAGCACUGCUAAAUCAAUGAGCUGGGCUUUACUCUACAUGGCCAAGUAUCCAGAAGUGCAAGAGAAAGUCCAUUCUGAGAUUGAUCAGGUGAUUGGACAGAGACGUCAGCCGUUGAUGGAAGACAGGGCGCAUCUGCCGUACACCUACGCUGUGAUGCAUGAGAUUCUGAGGUUCGCAAAUGUUCUUGCCUUCAUUCCACCGAGAGUUGCCAGCAAAGACACCACAGUAGCAGGAUGUCUCAUACCAAAGGGUGUGAUGGUGCUGCCAAUGUUGAAGCCAAUUCUAGAGGACAAGAAUGAAUAUCGCAAUCCAUAUGAAUUCAAUCCUGCUCACUUUCUGGAUGAAAAUGGCAAAUUUCUGAAGAGAGAAAAUUUCAUUCCCUUUUCAAUAGGUAAGAGGAUGUGUCCAGGUGAGCAGCUCGCUCGUAUGGAGCUCUUCCUCUUCUUUGUCUCUCUGAUGCAGAAUUUUACCUUCCUGCCACCUGAGGGAGAAACACUGAGUCUCAAAAGGACAGUUGCCAUCGCUUCUGCUCCUGAACCCUUCCACAUUUGUGCUGUACCUCGAUAGUGCCACACGAUUGCAACAUAUAAAAUAAAAGAAUACGCUCAGUGAAGCUCACUGUGAAGCACAAAUAAGCAUUUGUUUCUAUUUGGUAACAUAAAACACACAUAGUAGUAAAGUUAUGAAAAUGGUAUUUUAUUUUCAUUUAAUACACAAAGUUUAUUUUUUUUGCCCAUGUUUGAUCAUAUAUCCUACAUAAUUUAUUUGGAUAAUGUUAGCUGUCUCAAAUUGAAGACAGAGCAUCUUGAUAGGCAUCCAAAAGUAGCUAUAUAUUCUGAUGCGUUAUAAUUCACAUGAUGAUUUACCUGUAAAAGCAUGAAUUGGACUUGUAUUUUCUGCAGUUCUUGGCUUCACAGCUCAGAAUAGUUGUUUGUGAAGUGUUUGAGUCUUUUUAUGUUUUUAUGGUGCUUUGUCAUGAUAUCAUUUCCCUGUAACUGCUGAGUCAUUGGUCACAUGGCAUUUACGGUGCAGGUAAUUGGUUAAAUUUCUGGCCAGUUGCCAUCUAAAUGAGUCGGUCAAUUUCUGCAUUAGGGCAGUUGAAUAUCUUUUUUAUAUUUAACAACCACUGUUGGACUUUUUUUUUUUUUUUUUUAACUCUUUUAUCCAAAGCGAUUCAUUCAUAUGCUUACACAGCUGCUAUUAUUUCGCAUAUGCUGCACUCUGCAGUUGUCUCGGGUAAUAA